UAGUCUGGAAACUUGCCCCCCUGCUUGCGGCUUAGAUCAUCAGCCCUCCCUGUGGGCGGAGACAAGGCUGCUGUAUGGUUCGGUUGAGUCGCGCUGCGUGCGCCUAUAACUUUGUGUUGCUUGCUGCUGCUGGUGGAUAGGAGAAGGAAUGUGGAAGUCAGUAGAGUGCAGGGUGACAGGCUGGUUGGGCGAGCUGCAGCAGCAGCAUUAUUUCUCCCUGGCAGAUCAUUUGCUUUUCCCCUUCUGUUUACAGAGGCAUCGUGCGGUUUUUUGCUUUCUCCUCCUUUGCCUUUAAAGGGAAGGCGACUAGAAGCUGAAGACGCAGCAGCAGGAGAAUCAGGAAACCGUGCACCAGCGCUGUUUUUUCCUCCUGUGAAUCUGGAUCUUUAUUUUUGCUGGAGAGGGUAGAGGUUGCUGCUGGUUCUUCCCCCUUCCGUCCUUCCCCUGCCGAUGUCUCUUUCUCUGUCUCUUUUGCCAGUGUUUUUUAAAUGACUUGAGCGAAGGGGGGAAAAACUGUCAAGAUGGCAGCAGCAGGAGCAAGGAGGUUAUGAAUGUGGUGUUGAUGCUGGAACAAAACCCAUCUUCUUGGCAGCCCUACGGAGGGCUUAAAGCUUCUGGACCUGUUGGAAGACUGGUUAUUUGAUUUGUUUUUGUUUUGCUUUCUUCGACAGAAGGGUAAAAAAUCCAGAGUGGCGUUUUCUUCCCCUGUUCGGUUGGUUGUGAAAUUUAGUUUUGUAUAUAGAGAUCUAUACAUUUUUUGCAAAGUGGAGUGCAUAACUACGGCAAAUGCUAGUGUGCAGUUGGAGGUACAUUAAGACUUCAGCUCCUUUUGGGGCGUUUUGAAGGAGGAAAGUCAUCAAUAUAAUUCGAAGGACCCCUCUCUCUUUUCCCCGGACAGAGAGAGAGAAAAAGGAAAACGGCUAGCAGAGCAGCCGGGAGCAGGCUUGGUGGUGUUGGACGGGUCUCUCUCCGAUGGAUACAGCGUGAUUGCCAGUGGAGCACUUCUGCAGCUGCAUGGAGUGAAACAUAAACAAACACACACCACUGAGCUGCACCAACUCCACUGCGUUUGGGCUGCUGUUGGCGCCAUCCCCCCACCCAUCGGGAUCCAGAGGCGCAUCUGGAACCUCUGGCCUCGCCUGAUCCCUUAUUGAUCGCCUUGUGAUUAUUAGUAGUAUUGUGUGUGUGUGUGUGUGCACUGUCUGCUGGGAGAGGGGGCGGGGGAAGGCAGGCGGCUGCAGGACUUUAAUGGAGAGUGGCAUGUUCGCUCGCUCCCUCCUGCCUGGUAGGCACUGAUCCGCAGCGGCAGGAGGAGGAUUGGGGUCCCGACCUGUCUAUCCCAUCGCAGCACCAGGAGGAGCAGCAGCAGCAGCGGGAGGAGGGGAAGCCAAGAUGGCAGAGGCAUCUCCUCCUGCCCCCCUCUCCCCCCUGGACGUGGAGCUGGACCCCGAGUUCGAGCCCCAGAGCCGGCCCCGCUCCUGCACUUGGCCCCUACAGAGGCCUGAGUUGCAGGCGAGCCCGGCCAAGCCCUCGGGGGAAGCGGCUGCGGACACCGCCUCCAUGAUCCCCGAGGAGGACGACGACGACGAGGAGGAAGGGGGCAGCUCGCCCAUGGCCAUCGGCAGUGCAGUCCCCGGCGGCGGCGAAGGGGAAGCGCUGGCCCCGGAGGAGGCGGCCAGGCUGCUGGCCCCGCUGGCCGGGGUCGGGACGGAGGGCUUGGGCCAGGCCCCCGGGGCNAGAGCCGCUGGGGGCAGCGGGCUGAGCGGCGGGCAGCCGGCGGCGGCGCCGCGGAAAUGCUCGUCCCGGCGGAACGCAUGGGGCAACCUGUCCUACGCCGACCUGAUCACCCGCGCCAUCGAGAGCGCCCCGGACAAGCGGCUCACGCUGUCCCAGAUCUACGACUGGAUGGUGCGCUGCGUGCCCUACUUCAAGGAUAAGGGCGACAGCAACAGCUCGGCCGGCUGGAAGAACUCAAUCCGGCAUAAUUUGUCACUUCACAGUCGAUUCAUCAGGGUACAGAAUGAGGGAACUGGGAAAAGCUCUUGGUGGAUGAUUAAUCCAGAUGGUGGAAAAGGUGGGAAGCCCCCACGAAGACGCGCUGUUUCAAUGGACAAUAGCAACAAAUACACAAAGAGCAGAGGCCGAGCAGCUAAGAAAAAGGCAGCCCUGCAAGCUGCACAAGAAGCUACCGAGGACAGCCCGUCUCAACUUUCCAAGUGGCCAGGGAGCCCAACUUCCCGCAGCAGUGAUGAACUGGAUGCUUGGACAGAUUUCCGCUCUCGUACAAAUUCAAAUGCCAGUACAAUAAGUGGCCGUUUGUCACCGAUAUUGGCGAGUACCGAACUAGAUGACGUUCAGGAUGAUGAUGCUCCACUUUCUCCAAUGCUGUACAAUAGUCCAUCAAGCAUGUCCCCAUCGGUAAAUAAACCAUGUACUGUUGAGUUGCCUAGGUUGACUGAUAUGGCAGGCACAAUGAACUUGAAUGAUGGACUGACAGAUAACCUCAUCAUGGAUGAUCUUUUGGACAAUAUAACGCUUCCCUCUCCCCAGCAGUCACCAUCAGGGGGGCUCAUGCAGAGAAGCUCCAGUUUUCCAUAUGGUUCCAAAGGUUCCGGACUUGGUUCUCCAUCAAGUAAUUUCAACAGUGCUGUGUUUGGACCAUCGUCUCUGAAUUCCCUUCGUCAGUCUCCCAUGCAAACCAUUCAAGAGAACAAGCAAGCUACCUUUUCUUCCAUUUCUCAUUAUAACAACCAGACGCUGCAGGAUCUGCUAGCAUCUGAGUCACUUAGUCACAGUGAUGUCAUGAUGACGCAGUCUGAUCCACUCAUGUCUCAAGCCAGCACUGCUGUGUCUGCCCAGAAUUCACGCAGGAGUAUCAUGCUUCGUAGUGAUCCAAUGAUGUCAUUUGCUGCUCAGUCCAACCAGGGAAGUUUGGUCAAUCAGAACCUGCUCCACCACCAGCAUCAAUCUCAGAAUUCUUCUCUUGGUGGCAGUCGUGCCUUGUCAAAUUCCAUCAGUAACAUGGGCUUAAAUGAUACAAACAACUUGGGGUCAGCCAAACACCAGCAGCAGUCACCCAUCAAUCAGUCUAUGCAAACCCUUUCUGAUUCGCUCUCAGGCUCUUUGUAUUCCACUAGUGUGAACCUUCCAGUCAUGGGGCAUGAUAAAUUCCCAAGCGAUUUGGACCUGGAUAUUUUCAAUGGCAGCUUGGAAUGUGACAUGGAGUCCAUUAUCCGCAGUGAACUCAUGGAUGCAGAUGGGUUGGAUUUUAACUUCGAUUCCCUCAUCUCAGCUCAGAACGUUGUCAGUCUGAAUGUGGGGAGCUUCACUGGUGCUAAGCAGGCUUCGUCACAGAGUUGGGUGCCAGGCUGAUGGAUUUUUGAGAAAAGGGGAAAUGGGCAAAGCAGGCCCUUAAACUGACACGAGACCUAAAGAGAGAACCCUUUGCCAAAUCUGCUGUCAGCAAGUGGACAGUGAUACCGUUUACAGCU